AUGUCUACUGUCAAGUUCCAGUUUCCGUCAUACAAGCUUUUGGAGUUGGGACUCAACACCGACCAAACAAUCAUUGUUGGUGAAGACGACGGGCUCGACUCGCCGAAUACAGUCAUUCUCAAACACGAAGAAGCUGCACGGGCAGCUAGCGGAGGAGAUUAUCCGAGGAAUUCUUCCCCUCCUCUCAAUAUGGCAACUUACAGUAAAGCACAGUUGCCAUCAGUUCCUGGGUACGAUACGGCACGGUAUCACGACACAGCAUACGAUCACUAUCCAGCUCAUAAUUUCUCUGCCCAACAAACGGAGAAAUUUGCACACCUUAAUCAGCAGUCGUUUGCGUCAAACAAUGCCGUUGCUCAAUACAUGCCGACGGGCCCAACCGUCCUCUCGUGCCAUCCGUUGUCUGGGCCGUUCGGCACCAAGGUGUUUCUCAAGGUAUCAUCCCAGUACGAUCUGUUUUCAAUGUCGUCAGCAAUGCCGUAUUUCUCCGUGUACUUUGGGUCCCAAAAAAUGGCAGUCCAAGACAUGGUUCGAGACGCCCAAGAUACGACGGGGUUCGUGUACACGUGUAGUGUGGACGCUCCGCAGUUGAUGGUCACGGGCUGCAGCGCGAACAACGUGCCCCUGUCACUAGUUGUUGAAGGUCCAACGGGCGAGGAGAUGUCGAGAGCGGGUGCAGGGUCUUUUCAGUACCUUGACGGAUCGGGGGACGACAUGACGCGGACGAGCAAGCUGCCCAAGCAGGAACCAGCCGCAGCUGGACCUCAACUUGAUCAGGCGAGUGCUUCACCAAAAACAGUCGACACGCAGCAGCUGCAGUCGGAAACGACUCCAAAUAGCUACGACUAUCCCUCUCAGCAGGGUCCGUACGCAAGCACUUUCUCGCCGGGGAACCAUGACAUGAUCACGACGUACAGGACCAGCAGUUUUGCGGAUCCACACUACCGACGGGCUGGUCCAUCAUGGGCCGGGUUUGGCGGGCCGCUGGGAAGCACGAGGAGCUCCCUGGAUCAUUCAGCAUCGGCAAUUGGCGGCGGCGGAAGACCGAGCCUGACGCCACUGCCAAUGCCGCCGUCGGGAGGCAGCGGAACCCCCCAGCUCAUCCGAACCAGCACCAUUGCCAACGGCGGCGGCGGCGGCGGCGGCGGCGGCGGCGGAUCCAACGGCGGGUCGUACCACCCUAUUUCGUUGUAUUCGAGCAAAGCCGUGUUGAAGAUUAACGGGAAACUGGACACGAUGGCGGAGAACUGGACGCAGGAGGAAUGGGACAAUCGUCGACGGAUUGUCAUGUUUCGCAAAUCGCAAAGCGGCUCGACGCUGACUGCCAGCUUCCGGGCUGUCGCCGUCAACGACCGACCACCCAACAGCAUCUGCGUAUCGUGCAUCUGGUGGGCGGAAAAGGCCGAGUGCUUCGUCACCUCUGUGGACACGAUUCAGCUGCUGGAGCAGCUGGUGGCUGCCCCGAACCGGUUCAGUGUCGAGGAAAAGAACCGGAUCCGACGCAACCUGGAAGGUUUCCACCCGCUCACCGUGUCCAAGGCCAAGGCCGACAGCGAAGAGUUUUUCAAGAUCAUCAUGGGAUUCCCGAAUCCCAAGCCUCGCAACAUUGAAAAGGACGUCAAGGUGUUCCCGUGGAAGAUACUGGAGCCAGCGCUCAAGAAGAUUAUUGGCAAAUACAGCGCCAGUCCGAGCAGUACGCUCCCGCCCAGCAGCAUGAUGACUGCAGUCAGCACGGCGCCAUACGCGCCGCUGCCAACACCGCCCGGUCAUGGCAUGGCCUCGCAGCAGCAGCAGCAGCAGCAGCAACAACAGCAGCAGAGCCUGGCGUCCCAGCAGGCCGGAGACGGCGGGCACGGCCAGUACUCUGUCCAUUCGACCCAUCACGACGCCAUUCCCUCACCGCGGUCCCUGUCCGGCUCGCAGCCCACGUGGACUCCGUACACGUCUGCGCCUGGGUACGCAUCGAGUACACGAACGCUGAGCCCUACCGGUCGGCACCCGAGUCCUCACCAGACACAAUACGCGCCACCCAUGCGCAUAAACACGAACCCAUUACCAGCCGUGACGACGUACGACUCCCGCAGCGUUUCGACAGGGGGUUACAGCUCGAGCGGGUUACACACGCCCAUCAGCCAGCAUGCAUCGUCAACGGCGACUCCGACGCGAUGGGAUAGCACGUCUGCGAACUAUUCGGACAACUAUCCAAGCAUUGGCUCGCAUCACCAGCCGGGGCCCCCCGUGUAUGGCGCCGGGGGCUACGGAGACGGAGCUCCUCGCGCAUAG